AUGUCUGCGGAUAUAUCUGAUACUCAAGAAUUAACACCAGAUGCGUAUAUCGCAUCCACAGAACGUACACCGAUACUUGCUCGUAUUCGCCAGCCUCGAUAUAAAAGUGCAAUAACAAUGUUUGUUUUAUUUUUGAUCAAUUUACUCAAUUAUAUGGAUAGAUUUGCUAUUGCAGGUGUAUUGGAUAAAAUUCAAAAAUAUUUUAAUAUCAGUGAUUCUAAGGGUGGUCUAUUACAAACGGUAUUUAUUUGCAGUUAUAUGGCAUUAGCGCCUCUUUUCGGUUAUUUGGGUGAUCGAUAUAGUCGAAAAACCAUUAUUUUACUCGGUGUGUCAUUGUGGUCAAUAACAACUCUCGCUGGCUCAUUUGUUCCUCCUCAUCUUUUUUCUGUUUUUGUAUUAUUAAGAAGUUUGGUAGGAGUUGGCGAAGCGUCGUAUUCAUGCGUAUCUCCAACGAUCAUUGGUGAUCUUUAUAAAGAUGAUCUGAGAACAAAAAUGUUGGCUCUGUUUAAUAUCGCUGUGCCAUUGGGAAGUGGACUUGGCUAUAUAAUCGGAUCCAAUAUUGCCCUUGCUUUCAACGAUUGGCGUUGGGCUUUACGAAUUACGCCAAUAUUAGGCAUUAUAUGUGUCAUUCUUCUUUUGUUUCUUGUCAGUGAACCUGUGAGAGGGAGCGCUGAUGGUGCACCUAUACAAAAAGCAAGUGGUUGGCUAAUAGACGUUAAAGAAUUGAUUAAAAUUAAGAGUUACAUUUUGUCAUCAUUAGCCUUUACUUGGGUCGCUUUCACACUGGGUGCGGUUUCUUGGUGGGCUCCUAAUUUUUUAAAAUACGCUAGUCAAAUUGCAAAUCAUAGUAAAGAAGAGAAAAACGUAGCAUUAUAUUUCGGAAUCGUGACGUGUUUUGCUGGAAUCACUGGUGUAACUGCUGGCACUGAAAUUGCUCGCCGUUAUCGUAAGGUUAAUCCCAGCGCUGAUCCGAUUGUUUGUGGAUGGGGAAUAUUAGGUGCCAUGCCAUUUUUAUUUAUUGUAUUAGUUUUUUCACAUAAAAGUAUUGCUUUAACAUGGAUAUGCAUAUUUUUGGCAGAAACACUCAUGUGUUUUAAUUGGGCAUUGAUAAGUGAUAUGUUACUGUAUAUUGUUAUACCUACACGUCGUUCAACAGCGGCUGCCUUGCAAAUAUUUGCAUCACAUUUAUUGGGUGACGCAACUAGUCCUUAUAUUGUUGGAUUAAUGAGCGAUUACUUUCGAAAAGAUGCCACAGAUACGCUAUCAAACUGGGUGUCUUUACGGAACGCAUUAAUGAUUUGUCCAUUUGUUGCUACAUUAGGUGGUGCCGCAUUUUUAUUUUGUUCUCUAUAUAUUGUCGAAGAUAGACGAAAAGCUGCACUAAUUAUGGAAAGAACAUAUGGUACUGUGUAUAAAGCUCGCAGUCUUAUAACAGAAGAUAUUGUUGCACUGAAGAAAGUCCGUCUCGACGAUGAAGAUGAUGGUGUCCCAAGUUCAGCGCUACGUGAAAUAUGUUUGCUGAAAGAAUUACGACAUGAGAAUAUCGUCCGACUACUUGAUGUUAUUCAUACGGAGAAAACUCUUAAUUUGAUAUUUGAAUAUUGUGAUCAAGAUCUUAAAAAAUAUUUUGAUUCAUGCACUGGUGAUAUCGACUCUGAAACAGUUCGGUCAUUUUUUUGGCAAUUAUUAUCAGGCUUGAGCUUUUGCCAUUCGCAUAAUGUUUUACAUCGUGAUUUAAAACCACAAAAUCUUUUAAUCAAUAAGAACGGUGAUCUGAAAUUGGCAGAUUUCGGUCUUGCACGAGCUUAUGGCAUACCAGUCAAAUGUUACUCUUCUGAAGUGGUAACACUAUGGUAUAGACCACCAGAUGUUUUAUUUGCUUCUAAGAUCUAUACAACAUCGAUUGAUAUUUGGUCUGCCGGUUGUAUAUUUGCCGAAUUGGCAAAUGGAGGGAAACCCUUGUUUCCCGGAGAAAAUGUCGACGAUCAACUUCGACGAAUAUUCAAAGUGACUGGCACACCCACCGAAGAAACAUGGCCAGGUGUGACAUCAUUACCGGAAUACAGACCAUUUCCAAUUUAUCAACCAAAUAUAUCAGUUAUUCAAUUUGUUCCUAAACUAAAUAGUACAGGAAAAAAUUUAUUACAACGAUGUCUUGUUUGCUAUCCAAAUCACCGAAUAUCAGCUGAAGAAGCACUUGAACAUUCUUAUUUCUCUGGUUUUAAUCAUAUAGUCAAUUGA